UGCUUUUAUCAUGUCCCUUGUUUGUGGUUCAAUACACCGGGUGCUUUCCCACGUAACGAGAAUCUGAAUCCAACGAAGUGUAAAACUUUUCGGCGCGAAGGUAAAGCUAUAAAGCACGCGACAGAUAAUGUUAGGUCUGUGACGUUGGUAUUGUGUAGAAGCAGUUUUAAUUCGAGGCGCUAUCUACGUAAUUGAAAACCGCGGUCAAAUAUCUAAAGCAAUUCCUGCUCUUAAACCAGUGUUCACAUUGAUUGAACCCAAUCCAGUUCGCCAAAGAUUCGUCGAGAAACAAAGUGAGACGAUUUCUAAACGAAGUACAAGCGACACAAAGAAGACAAAUAUGGAAGACUCGAAGCAAGAUAGUAAGAAGACAAAAGUUGAAGAAAUACCAAAAGAAAAGAAGGCUGACCUGUUUGAAGACGUCUGCGGGAAAAGUGAGGAGACAGCCCCGCAAAAUUUAUCUCUUGAUAUGCUUCUGGAUGGCGCCGACAAAUUGACCAGUCAUGGAGAGCAGAAUGUCGUUACUUUUAUGCAAAGAUCAAUGUUCUUAUCAGCUGGAAGAAGUUUAAGUGGUAAUCAAGGUGUAGAAGCAGAGAGAAUGAAUGAAAGGUUAAAUGCUCUUGGUCAGGAAGUGGUCUUGUCAUGUAAUGGAGCAGAUGGCAACGUCCUUAAUGCGAUAGAAAAAGUGAAAACGCUUCAUAUAAAACUUGUUCGGGAGGCGGAGGGUUCACUUCCAGCACCUAUGCUCGGUAAGUACAGUUCUGAAGACCAGAACGAAGAGAAUGAGAAGAAAAAGGUUGAAGAAAUGAGAGAAUUGAAUGAACGACUGAACAAGGCAUAUUACGGCAUGCUCUCUUGUGCUGCUGGGGAAGUGGAGACAAUGCUUGGUUCUGCGCCUUGUCCAUUCGCUCAUGUAGAUACCGGGCAUCCAGCACUAGGUGACGCAAAUCCACAGAAUGCAUUCAACAGUUUCUUAUUGUUAGAUCAAAAGAAUAACGUUGAGGGGGUACGAAAAUACUUCCAAUGCUACGGUACACUGUUCAAUGUAAUCAUGAUGAACAUAGGCCAGACUCAGUUGGUUGAAAAUGCGAAAGAAGAGUCGACAAACUUUAACCUUCUUGAUGUAGCUACUGAUUGGAAGGCUUUUGCUCCAAAUGGUUUGCAAUUUAAAAUUACUGAGCGAUUUGUGGAAAAAUUACACUUUGGUGACCAAUUUGUUAAAUUCCUUGAUGAUACAACAACCUCUCUAUCCGAGGAAACAGAAGAAGCAUUGGUGCAACAAGAAUUACUUGCUAGAGUUAAAUUUGUGUUUGGAGACACUUCUAAUUUUAAGAAGAAAAUUGAAACGACCACUUCCGGUUUGCAAAAAUAUUAUAAGUCUAAUGUUGGGUUACGUAGAAGUAAACUGCAACAGGACCUUGCGCAAUUUGGAGUGUCCAUCGCCCAAGAAAACCUUGGUUCUCCUGAGAUCUUGAAGCGUUCCUUGUUUCAUUCAAUUCCAAUGCUAAUUCCACAUCUUAAGAUGUUAAGCGGUGACGUCGGAGAAGCUCUGACGUCAUCAGCUGAGAUAUUGGGAGAAUUUUCAAGCAAGUCGGUUCACAACUUACGCUACGCGGAGUCGCUUGUAAAAGAAGCAAAGUUAAAGCUGUAUUUAAGAAGCGACGCCAUAUCUGUACUUAGUAAGCUCACGGCUCAACCUAUUAUAGACGCAAUUGGUAAGCAAGGGAUUUUAGAUUUCUUUCAGAUUGGAAUUGGCUUAAAAAGAGCACUGGAAGCAUUUGUGCAAGGUGAUGGUGAAUCUAAUCCUUCAGCAAUCAAUGCUUACUUGGAAUCACGGUUUGACUGGCAUUUGCAUGGGGAAAUAUCAUUCUUUCUGCAAGAUUUCGAAGGAGCACGAGAAUGCUUGAAAAGGGCCUUGAAAAGUACAACGGACAAUCGAAAGUUGGCGGCUAGCAAUGAACUGCUGGGAAAAUCGUGGGUGCAUUCGCUCAAAUUCAGCAGCGCAAGCCGAUGGUACGAAGAGGCCGUGAAACAUCGCAGACAAGUGUUGGGUAAAGACCCAACAAUCCGGUUAGAGCUGGCACAGUCUCUAAGUCUUCACGCUCAAUGCUUAAUUGAAAUUAACACAGCAGAAGCAAAAUCAAGGCUUAAUGACGCGGUUAAAAUCUAUGAGGAUCUGAAAGGAACAUUGCCACAAGAGUGCUUAAAGGGUUUGGCAGAUAUAAAAGACUCGGAAGGCUGGAUGUUUUACAAGGAAGGCCACUACGAAGCCUCCCUUGCGAGUUAUCAAGAAUCCAGGGAUCACUACGAUGGCUUCUACAAGUCAGCCAUCAACCAUGAUACAAUAAAAGUCAGGAACGGGAUGGCUUUAUGCUACAAGAACUUGAAAAAUUUCAAAGAUGCAUUGGAAACAUACGAAGAGGUUUUGAAAAUGAAAAGAGCAUUGAUAGGACGACAAACUGCAGAUGUGAACAUAGCUUCGUACCUCCGGUUUAUGGGAGAUUGUAAUAAGGAGCUUGGUAAGUAUGAAGAAGCAGAAGCAAAAUACAAGGAGUCGAUUUCUGUUAGGAAAUGUGCGCUGGGGUCGGAUGGAGAGAAACGAUGCAGUGUCGCAACAACCAUGUGCAAACUCUCCGAUUUGUACAUAAGAACAAGGGAGUGGGUACAAGCAGCCAGAACAGCCAUGAAAGCGUUCAACCUCGCAAAGGGGGCAUUUGUAUUCAGGAAUGGCCCGAUUCUUAUGGGCGAUUCUGCCAAGCUGAUGGUCAAGUCAGCGAACCGUGUAAUGGAGACAAGUGAUACAGAUGAGGCAGACGGUUUGGAAAUGGAGGCAGUUUUAGAAAUUCUCAAAGAAACGAAGAUUGAGCUGGAAAAAGAAGAAGGGUUUGCGGAAGUUUUAACUCAACUUAAAGAAGCGGAGAAUUCGCUUCAACAACGUUUUGCUGAACCCAUGCAACAGUAAACGUUGUGGACGUUUUCGUCAAAGACUGACCACCAUUUGCGGUGGUUAUCAAACAAUUUAAAGUCACAAUAUAUACACAUGUAGCUGUUGUACUGCCUGUGGGCGGAGUUCAUUGAAUGGAUAAAUGUUACUUAUUUACCUUCGCAUGGCGGGGUUUCCACAAUAAAUAUGUAGCUUUGUCA